UUCACUCAAGAUGCAGAUUUCUGGUAUGAAGACGGGAAUAUCAUUAUCGUCGCCCAGGAAGUCGGCUUCCGCGUCUAUAAGGGCUUUAUCGCAUCGAGGUCUGAGGUCUUUCGGGAUAUGAUAAGCCUUGCCCAGCCUGUCUUGGAUUCUUCGUGCGAAGGGACUCUGGAUGGCUGUCCUUAUGUUCACGUCUCCGAUACGGCGGCGGAGAUCCGCUCGCUGUUGCGCAUUCUGUUCAUCGGCAGACAGUACGUCUUCAAACCGUAUAUGCGCCGCACAGACUUGGAGUUCGACGACAUGGCCAAUUGUAUCCGGCUCGCGCACAAGUACGACAUACCGGAUCUCCUUGAGGAUGCCUUGGAAAAGCUGGAAGGAUAUUAUCCGGAGUCGGACCCGGAUUCUUGGGACACUGUUUGCGGAGACGGUCCGUCCACGAGAGCCAUUGUCGCCCUCAACCUGGCGCAUCUCACCGACACGCCAUCCAUCUUUCCUGCUGCCAUGUACGACUGCUGUAAUCUGGACGGCCAAACGAUACUAGCGGGUAGAAUUCACAGCGAUGGCGCCGCGGAUUUUCUGAGUCCGGUGGACCUUGCGCGCUGUAUUGACGGGAAAGCAAGACUCUGCUCCCGCAAUUCUCAGGUCAUCCGUGAAGUCUUA